UGUAGACCUCCGCCUCAGACUAGAAAUCAACUGGUAACUGGGAGGACCCUGAGACUGUGACGCGAACAGAAAGUACCCCACUACCCGCAAGUUGAUCCGACGUGGUCCUCUGACAGUUUAAGGUGGGCGACAACGAAGAGUUAGGCAAGUUAGAGACAUGCUCAUGUGGUGUUGUAGUUAGAAGUAGCACAGAGCUAAAAUGCUAACUAGCAGCUAACGGAGCUCUGUGACACAUCGUUGCGGCAGUAUCCAUCACAUGAGUGACUGUUCAGGCAGAACGAAUGGUACCGUCACCGGCAAAGCCAUUCGGAAGUACAUAUACGGUGUGAGUGCUUGUAUUUUACCUGGAGAGUGAAAUCAGCCGCCAUGUCGUCAGCUGUCUUCUCAUGACGUUACAGUCACAUGACCCGCAACGACCAAAACAACGAGGACAAGUCAGCUAGUUAUUGUGCGCAUGCUCAAUAGUAAAGAAAGUUCGGGCUUAAUUACUUUGGCACAUUUUAUUGUCUUUGUUCUUCUGGUUUGAAUGACUCUCAUUUGGAGGUCUGUCGGUAACUCUAUGUGAAACAAGGAACAUAGCAAUCCUAAACACAUUACUUGUGAUUAUAUUACAAAAUAUAUAUUACAUACAUAUUACAAAACUAUGGCUAUCUUUGGUCGAGAUCCAAUUGAAUAGACUUUCGGAGCUGGAUUCAUAUCCUGGAAACCACAUUUUAACCUGCUGACGAAGUAAAGCAUCGCCAAUGAGUGAUGUCUCUUAGUUUUCAGAAUCAGAAAAAAAUAUUAAUCCCGAGGGAAAUUUGUUCGUAACUUAACAUGCUCUGUAAACAACAAUAUAAAAUGCAAAAUAUAAAAUACUCUUUUUUUUUUAAAGACAGUGUAGGAAAAGGGAAACUUCUAUACACAUAGUGCACAUAAAGUCGGACAUUGAAGCGGGCUAUGUACAAUGUGCAAACAAUAAAAACAGAUUUAAAACAGAUUGAGAUGGAAAAAACGUGCCAAAAAAUCUUUCACGGUAAACGCAGAUUUACACCAGGUCGGGGACUAAAGCUCGACUCCCUUCUGAUAGUUUGGACUUAUGAGUAAUGGCAUCAGGAUUUUCAUACAUUGAAGUCACGGAACAUUAGUAAAACUAUGCAGACGACUGUUUGUUGACAGACGAUAGGAUUGUCAUCUCGCGAUAUCUCCCGAGUGAAGCCGAGGAGAAGCUAGGGGAAGAAGCUAACAUGGCGAAUCCGGUGGAAGGUGAAGUGACAGGGUGAGCUCUGGUCUCUGAAUGAGUUCAACCAGCUCGACCUGUUCACUACAGUUGGCGUCAGUGGAUGUUAAUGUUUUUAAAUGUCAUCCGCGAUGAACGCGAGCCCAUUUGGACUCUCCCCCAAAGAGGACGGAGAGCUAGAAGAUGGAGAGAUCUGCGACGAUGAAGCCGAAGAGAGUAUUCCGGUUCGACUGGGGGAGGGUAGCCGGCGAGGCCGCGGUGGCCCUCCGAAUAAUGGACUACUUCGUCAACACCAGCAUCGCCACUUUCAUCGCCGAAAGACAUUCAAUAUGGGCCCUCGUGUCCACAACUUUCCUCAGAACCACAUGCAGCAGUGCGGGCCAACCGGACCCGAGCUGCCUCCCCCUCCCGGUCCACCGCCGUUGCUGCCACCGCCUCAGCUGCUCGCUCAACCUCCGCCGCCUCUAAUGCCUCACCCCCCUGGUCUUGGUCUUCUCGGGGAACUCUGUCCAAGAAACAAUUUUUGGGAACGUAAUCACGGGACCCUGGGGAGGUUCAGACACCGUGGCAUGACUAACGGAGGCCGUGGGCUUUGGAACCGAGGUGGCCGCGGUGGUGUCAGGACACCACCAGGCAGACAUGGGCCAGGAGACGGGCAUGGCAGUAUUGAGUCUCCCUCAAGGAAGCAGAAGGUUGUUGUACGAAGUGUUAGCAGAAAAAUGGUUUCUAAAUCGGAAGCUGCCGAUGAGUCUUUUGAAGACUUGUUGUCAAAGUACAAGCAGAUCCAACUGGAGUUGGAGUGCAUCAGAAAAGAGGAGACGAUGGCUCUUGAACCCCACAGCCUCUCGGCAAGUGAAGAGGUCACAGUCGAAAAUGGUUCGGCCACAGAACACGUCCCAUCUCCUGAGGCAACGGACACACCUUUGCUGGACAAGGAAGAGGACAAUCUGGUUGUGACGAGGGUUUUUCAGGCGUUCAACAUCAAACCUCUGCGACAAAAACUUCCUUGCACUGUCAAUCUAGAUCAAAGCACGGAGGAUGAUGAUAUUGUUAUCAUUGAAGAUGGUGAGCCUGAGAGAGGGAUGGAUCCUAAAGACCCUCACAUGCCUGAUUGUGUAUGCUGCAUUGGUGCAGAACCAGAGGAUAAGGAGAAGAUGAAAACAUGCUCCUCCGGAAGUGGAUCUUCAGCAUCAAGUGAGGACUCUGUCCCCACCUCAGAAAAGUUACCGAAGGUGGAAGAGGAAGACCUGUCAGAGCUGCAGCUGCGACUCCUGGCCUUACAAUCGGCGAGUAAGAAGUGGCAGCAGAAGGAGCAGCAAGUGAUGAAGAAGAGCAGGGAUAAAAUCACCAAAGAUAUUCAAGACAAGAGCGCUGAGUCCAGUCCGACAGCUAGCAGACAGAGAGUGACCACCAGGUCUGCCACGCUGGCUGCCGUAGGCCACAGCAAAACCAGUGCCAAGUCUCUUGAACGGGAGCGGGACAAAAGCAAGAUUAGUGGUAAGCCUACAGACAGAGAGAGAGCUAAAAUUGGGAAAGUCACACCAGAGAGAGCCAGAGCUUCCAACAAGUCCAAGAAGACAACUAGUCCAGGCUCCACGACAAAGCAGACGUUCAAGAAGCAGCAGGUCAGGAACUGGAAACUUCAGCAGCAGAAGGAGGAGAAGCGGCUGUAUGAGGAGGACGAACGGCGAAAGCGUGAGGAAGAGAUCCGCAGAAUCAGAGACCUGAGCAACCAGGAUGAACAGUACAACCGCUUCAUGAAGUUGGUUGGUGGGAAAAUGCAAACCCGCAGCAAGUCCAGAGAUGGAGAACACAGGAAGUCAUCUGGAAAAACUAUUCUGGACUCCUCAGGCAACUUAUACCAGUACGAUAACUACGAUGAAGUGGCCAUGGACACUGACAGCGAGACAAGUUCGCCAGUUCCUUCACCUACUCUGUUUGUCUCAGAUGACCCUGGAUGUUACCCGCCUGUCCCUCUUUUCAUGACGGACUACCAUCUCCACGCUCCUUUGGCUCAAUCCCCUCCUCCCCCACCACUCCCGCCGCCUCCAGAUGAGCUGGAACGACCUCCCAAACCUCCAUUUGCUGAUGAGGAGGAAGAAGAGGAGAUGCUACUGAGGGAAACAUGUCUGAUGUCGAUGGCUACCAAGCGUGUGACCACAACUGAGGAGAAGACCUCCAGUGGUCCUCCUUCCCCAACUAGUGCGCCCCCUACAGGGACACAGCAGCCCACCAGAGGAAACCUUAGCACUGUCAACCUAAACAUGGUGCAACAAACUCGUAGCAGCAAGUUCUCGCGGGGCCAUCACCACAGCCGAGCAUCCUUGGUGCUGCCUCGACACAAAUCUGUGGUGAUCUCACUGAAAGACUCUGACGACAGUGACUCAGAUGUGGAAACCAACAGCUCUACUCAGAGUAUGUUUGGGGGUCUGGAGUUCAUGAUCAAGGAAGCCAGGAGGACGGUGGAGGCAGCCAAACCCAAAGUUGCCGCUGGUCCUGAAAAAGAAAACAACCCUGUCAGAACCCCAGAAGCGCUACCUGAAGCAAAGAAAGUGGAGUACCGCCUCUUGAAGGAGGAAAUCGCCAGCAGGGAGAAGCAGAAGCGGUUGAACCAUGUCCCACAUGGAGCAGCCUCCUUACCGGCUGCCACCACCGUCUCGACUCAGGACUCCGAGCAGAAGUCGGCUGCAGAAUUGAAGCUGAUUGAAGUUGAGCAGAAACUCAUGAAACAAAGGUCUCUUUUGCAGAAAGACGAGAUCAUCUUGAAGCAGCUGCAGUUUCAAGAGCAGAAGAAGAGUGAGUCUCUUCGUGCAGCAGAGGCUAAAGUGUCCAGACUGAAGGAACAGCUGCUGGCCAGCGAGAAGAUUGUCAGCGCCAAUAAGACGCUGCUGAAAAAGUUGCAAGAGCAGGUUCACCGUGUAGAGCAUCGGGUUUCCCUCAAGAAGUCUGUGGAAGCAAAACUGGAACAGGACCUACUGAAAACGCAGGAGGCAGCAGGUCAUGGGGCAAAGCGGAAAUCUGCCCCGGAACAGAAGAAGGUCAGCAAGAUGCAGCGUGUGGAGGGCGCCCCACUCAGCUCUGAGCGCCACCUUGCGGACCUGAUGAAGCAGAAGCAGCUGCUGCAGCGCCUGGAGUCCGAGUACGCACUGAAGAUCCAAAAGCUGAAGGAGGCUCAGGCGCAGCGCAACAAAAGUGUUCCUGUAGAAACACCUGCCGAGUCUGCUCCACGUACCUCCACACCUCACAACCCACAGAGUCAGUCAGUGCCAACCAGUCCGUUCGCACUGCCUCAGCCCUCGUUGCACGACCUGACCCAGGACAAACUCACGCUGGACAGCGACGACAUCCCCGAUGCCUCUGAACCUGAUCCCGAGCCUGAGCCCAAGCCAGAGCCCGAGGUCGAGUCUGUUGCACUUCCUGCUGCUGUUGGCUCUCGACGACGCUCAUUAAUUCAGUCUGGAUUCACCAAACCGCACCUGGAGCAGCUAACGUCCACCCCUGUCAAAGAUGGAAGCUCUGCUAAGCCUGCCAAGGCCUCCAACAGCCCCACGGAACCCUCUGAGGUGAUUGCAGGGAUUGAUGUGGAUGCACUUAAACAGAGCUACCAGGAGGGGGAGCAGCUGGGCGAGCUGCUUCUGCAGGAGUUGCAGAAGAUUGGAGCUCACGUUGAUGACACGCCUGUGAGAAAGGUGAUGGCUGUAGAGCCUGAUGCUUCCACUGCUGCUGACAUGAAGCCAGUGUCGUUCGGCCCGUAUCACAGCCCUCUGCUAGCCUUCCGCUCAUACAGGUUCAGCCCCUACUACAGAACCAAGGAGAAGUUUUCUCUGAGCUCUGUCUCCUUCAGCAACACCGUCGAACCCAACAACUGCUUCUGCCGCUUUGACCUGACGGGAACCUGCAAUGAUGACGGCUGUCGAUGGCAGCACAUGAGGGACUGCACAUUUAAGGGGAACCAACUGUUCCAGGACAUUCUGUCGUACGAUCUGUCCCUGAUCAGCUGCUCCGAGCACAGUUCCAAUGAUGACAUCAGUUCUGCCACUGAAAAGUACAUGAAGAAGUUAUUUGGAUCCAACAGUGAUGGCAUGAGUGUUGACCAGAAGGCCGUUCUCCUCGUCCACAAAGUCAAUGAGAGCAGGCGGCACAAUCCGCCGUACACCACUUGCAAAGAACCACGGUUGUGGAGACCCAGGAACAUAGUCCAGGUCAGUGCUCAGGCCGAGGAGGACAGUGAGGACGAAACAACAGGAGGCAACCUGACCACAACAAAAUCAGAUGGAGGGUUACAGACAGACCUGUCAGACGUCUGCGUCACAUCAGAAGACAAGCGGUAUUUCAUCAGUGAAACGGACGAUAUCUCCAACCUGGAGAGCAGCGUGUUGGAGAGUCCCUGCGACACACAGCUCUGGAUCAAAUUGGCCUUCAAAUACCUGAACCAGAAUCAGACCUCCCCUGCCGAGUGUUUGGAAGCAGCACUGAACACGCUGUCUCGGGCUCUGGAGAACAACUGUGAGAACCCAGAGGUGUGGAGUCACUACCUGGCGCUCUUCUCCCGACGAGGAAGCCGUGAAGAAGUACAGGAGAUGUGUGAGAUGGCAGUUGAACACGCCCCGGACUACAGCGUGUGGUGGAGCUAUCUGAACUUGGAGCGUUCGUUUGAGGGGAAGGACUACGUGUGCGAGCGUCUACUCGGCUACCUGCUGACGGAGUCAUCCUCAGGUGUCACGGAGAAGCUUUCCUUCCAGCUCACAGAGGCGUUGCUCUACAGAGUUCACCUCAACGUGUUCACGGGGCGGACGGAGGGUGCUCUCACCAUCCUGCUGAGUAACUUGAAGUCAGUGGACGAGCGCAGUGUGGUCCAUCAGGUGAUGGCGGGUGACAGGGCGCUGCUCUGGCUCUCCUACAUUCACCUAAUGGAGUUCAGCAGGUUACCAGCCGAUUUGUUCGACCCGAGCGAGUCAGGUCCUUCCAGGCUGGUGAGCAGAGAAGACUUUCUGCUACCCUGGAGGACCCAGCAGGAUAUCAGCACGCCAGCCGACGUCCUCAUUGGCCUCUUCCAUGAUGCCAUCGCGCAGUGCGGCGAGGAUAACGUGCCUGUAGGCGAACGCACCGUGUCGUGCCUUUCUCUCCAUCUAAACCUUGUCUACCUUCACAAGCUGUUGGACCGGAUGGAUGAGGGCGUUGCUCUCUGUGAGUCUGUGCUGCGGCUCCAUCCUCAGUCCUGCCGUGUGCGUGAUGCUCUAGUAGACCUUCAUAUCAGGAGAGGAGAACUGGAUCGAGCGGUCAGCAUAUGGCUGCACGCGCUUGUGGAGUGUCCCAACAAUGCUGAGGUCUUCUAUAACUCCUGCAAGUUCCUCAUGUCCCAGAACAAGUCCACUGCCAUCGCUCCACUGCUGCGAGGCUUUGUCCUGUCUCUGUGCGAGGACGAGCAGUGUAACAAGCAACCCCUUGAUGUUCUCAGACACAUUCUUGGUUUUCCCACCAACGACCUGCUGCCAGCACCAGACAUUAGAAAGGAACUGGACGACCAACUGAAUCAGCAGAGUUCUUAUCUUCAUCUCAUCCACUGUCGUUGGCAGUGGCUCCACGGGUCGGAGCAGGAGACGGUGGAAGCGUUCGAGCGGGCAUUGGGCUCCGUGCUCCAGCUGGAGGAGCUUCAGAGACUGUGGAUGGACUACCUGGAGUUUACCAGCCAGGUGAGCAGCCGGAAUCCACGGCUGCUCUCAGACCUGCUGCUGCGCUGUCUCAGCACGGUCCCUUCCCGUCUAGAAGUUCCCUUCAACCCUGCUGAGUUCUGGACCUGCUACCACUUCCACAACAAGGUGGUUUCAUUCUACCUGAGCUGCCUGUCGCCGACCCAUCACUCUCUGGUGCUGGAGAGGCUGAGGACCUGCAUGCCCAACAACAUUGAGCUUGCUCUAAGGUUGCUGCGUCAGGAUCUGCUGGAUGGAAACUUGGAACAUGUGAAAUUUCAAGCCAGGAUGUUGACAAAUAGCGCCCCCAAGUGUUUGUCCUCUUGGAAAAUAGCAAUCGCUGUAGAGACGGAGCUGAAGCAGAGGUCAGAGGUGAGACGGCUCCUGACGCAGGCUCUUCAGAAGCUGCCGCUGUGUGCCGCUCUGUGGAAACAUCUGUUGCAGGUGGAGGCGGUGGGUGCUCCCGUUGGCGUGUCCGAUCGUCUGCGGCGACUGCUGCUGAGGAGCCAGGAGGUCGGCGUGAGUUUAUUCGAGGUCAGGCCAGCUCAGACGGACGUCUGACCAGUGUUAGAGGGCUAGUUAGCAACUCCAGAUGGUUGAGUGAAACCAGACAGACGCCGCGCCCCCUCCUGGACCACGAACACUAUAGUCACCUUCCAGCAUGUACGUAAGUAUCGCUGAGUGGCGCUGUCGCUGUUUUCUGUCUGUCACUUUUCUUUGGAUUUUUGUCCCUUUAAGUUGAGUUGCCUUUGGGGGGGGCGGGGUGAAAGUGAGGGGCAGUGACCUCUCACUGUGAUGUUUACGUUUGUGCCAUGAGGAACAAACCGGACUUUUGUUUAUUACAAACUGACGUCGAAGAAGGAUGAAGAAACUGAAGGACGCUGUUUUUUUUUUUUUGUUCGUGAUGUUCGAUUAAAGAGGUUUAUUUUUCUUCGACGCUGAAACAGUGUUUUAUACAUGACGUAUAAACAUUAAAUUAUUUUUAUCAACAGAAUACAGAGU